AUGGCGAAACCAUCAUCGGCACCUGUGCCAGACCCCACCCUGCCAUUCUGGCGAACAGAAACACACGAAUUGGAUUGUCACAGGAGCACUCCCGACCUGCCCGAGGAAUGCGAUAUCCUCAUUGUCGGUGCUGGCUACACCGGGGCUGCCAUAUCACAUUUUCUCUACAAGGAUAAUCCGUCACCACCGUCUGUUGUAAUCCUAGAAGCUCGACAAGCUUGCUCUGGGGCUACCGGUCGUAACGGAGGUCAUUUAAAACCUGAUGUUUACUUCGGUCUUCCGAAAUACAUCAAAAAAUAUGGCGUCAAAGCCGCAGUGGAUGUCGCUCGUUUCGAAGCUUCCCAGGUACAUGCCGUUAAGGAGCUGGUAGAGGAAGAAAAAAUCGACUGCGAUUUUGUUCUGACUCGAGCUUGUGAUGUUAUUUUGGAUCCAGGAUUGGCAGCGGAAACAGAAGCUGCUUUUACCGAGAUGGCGAAUUCAGGUGUGGCGAAUCUAACAGAUGUCCAUUUUACAAAACGAAAGGACGCAGAGCGCGUCUCUGGCAUCAAGGGCGCUUUGAAUUGCUUCACCUUUACAGCUGGUCACGUUUGGCCAUAUAAGAUGGUGAUGCACCUUCUUAAAGGCGUUGUGGACAAAGGUGCCAACCUUCAAACGAUGACUCCAGUCACGCAAAUCUCGGAAAAGCAACUCUCAGACGGUCGGUGGUUGGUCACCACUGGAAGAGGAAGUAUCAAAGCCAAGAAGGUGAUCCUCGCGACAAAUGCCUACACCUCUCAUCUAGCUCCACAAUUUACGAACCACAUUGUCCCUGUCCGAGGUAUUUGUAGUCGCAUCGUCGUGCCUCCGCAUAAAGUUCCGCCAUUUCUCCCACAAACGUAUAGUAUCCGUUAUGGGCCUUCAAUGUAUGACUAUCUCAUACCGCGUCCCGAUGGAAGUAUUAUCGUGGGAGGCGCGAAACCGCAUUUCUGGUCAGAUCACUCGCAUUGGUACAACGUUACGGAUGAUAGCAAGCUCAUUGAGCCGGCCAAAUCGUGGUUUGAUGGGCUUAUGCAGAGGACAUUUGUUGGCUGGGAGGAUAGUGAAGCAUACACUGAAAAAGUAUGGACUGGCAUCAUGGGUUACAGCUCAGAUUUCAUGCCAUACGUCGGCGAAGUCCCCGAGAAACCAAAUCAAUUGGUUCUCGCUGGGUUUUCGGGUCAUGGUAUGCCUCUGAUUCUUCUUUGUGCCAAGGCAAUUUCAGAGAUGGUCCGAAGUGGAACUACUUUUGAAGAGACUGAAGUGCCAUCAUUAUUCAAGGUCACCAAGGAGCGACUUGCGAGUGAGAAGAAUGAAAUCCUGGAAGAAAACAACAGGGGAAAUCUCAUAGCGAAACUUUGA